UUUUUCUAAAGAAAGCAACAAACAGCUCGCGCGCGGCUCAGACGGGCCGUGAGGCGGACAGAGAGCGGAGCUGCUGCUGCUGCUGCUGCUGCUGCGCGGAGUUUCCUCUCAGCUCCCCGAAACUUUUCACACACACUCAGUAUUGACGUGUUCUUUAUUAAAGACUGUGCCAUGGCCCAGGAAACCAAUCAGAGCCCUGUGCCCAUGCUGUGCACCACCGGCUGUGGUUUCUAUGGGAACCCCAGGACUAAUGGCAUGUGUUCAGUGUGUUAUAAAGAACACCUCUCCAGACAGAAUAAUGGAGGUGUGAGUCCUCUCAGUAACAUGGGUUCUAGUAGUGUAACCAGUAGUCCCACCUCAGAGGCGUCUGCGAUCCAGAUCAUCGAGGCUACUUUAAAUAAUUCUGUGAGUGACGCGGAGUCGCCUGUCGGGGCCACUGCAGCACUUCCUGUUACACAGCAGAUGACCGAGAUGAGCAUUUCCUGUGAAGAAGUGGCAGUACCUAAAUUAGAAAUUCCUGAACCUGUUAUAACUCAGCCCACGGCUGCUUCUUCUUCUGCGGUGAACACGGCAGUCAGCACCGAGACCAAAAGCCCCGACGCCCCCAAACCGAAGAAGAACCGCUGCUUCAUGUGUCGUAAGAAGGUCGGCCUUACAGGGUUCGACUGUCGCUGUGGAAACCUCUUCUGUGGACUUCACCGUUACUCAGACAAGCACAACUGCCCCUACGACUACAAAGCCGAGGCUGCGGCCAAGAUCCGCAAGGAGAACCCCGUAGUGGUGGCCGACAAGAUCCAGAGAAUAUAGAUCACCUGCUUAUCUCUUUGGCUUUGAGCUUUGACCUUUGACCCGUAUUUCCGGGAGAGAUAGUAUGAGAAAACAGGACUUGCACUCAACUUGCGAUCUAAAGGACUAUUUUUAUUUUUUAUGACUUUGAUCUUGUUUUUCAGCCGAUGCAUGACUGGAGUGGUCUGGGGAUUUUUUUGUGUGUGUGUCUCAAGUUUAUGGCGGAGUUAAACAACGGGGGUUACGUGCGGUUUGUAUGGUUUUGUGUUAAAGACAGACCGUCUUUGUGACUGUCGAGUUGUUGUGAUUGUGUGUGUGUCUUGUGUCUCAGCGUGGAGAACAGACACGUGGUAGCCUGCAGGACUUCACACGACUGUUAGGGCUCUGACCCGAGCGCCGGCAGGGCAGCGGUGCAUGGCUGGCUCAUGUAGCACAAAGAGAAAAAAACACACAAAGGACACUGUUGUGAAAAGUUCACGUCUCCCCACGGUUCGUGGCAUGACUCCCCCAGCUGUAGCAUUAGCCUGGUUUCCUCACCCGCUUCUCCACCACACACCACAGCGGUUCUGUUUCAGUGCUUUUAUUUCCUCCUGCUUUGAGUGAAGAUGAACACAGACUGGUUUAAGGCUUUGUAUUUUGAAGCCUACCUGGGUGGAGCUUCAGUGGGAGGACCAGUGACCUGCAUGGUUCAUGAGAUUACUAAAGUACGUUAGGUUUUAACAGCUACAUGCUCAUAGACCCUGUUUUUAAUUACAAAUCCACACGUGUACUGAAUGUUUUGUUUUGUUCGAGUGAGUGUGAGACGUGCAGGGAGAGUCACGUGGUGCUGAGUCAAUACGGUGUUUCCACUGUUGUGUGAACAGAUGCCUGUGUGUUUGUGUGAAAUAUUCAGUUUAUUUUUGCGUGUGAGAUUCAUUCAGGUGUCACAGUAAAAUUGUCGUUUCAUUUAUGAAUCCUAUUUAUUCUGUAUUGUGCAUCUAAUCUUGUUACCCACCGUUACAAAACCGUAUCAUGUAAAUAAAAUGCUGUACAGAGAUCUAA